GUGACGAGCCUUCGCGCGCUGUCUCGAGGAGGAGAGCAUAUAUCUUACUGCACCUCCCCCCCCUCUCCCCUCAGUAUACCUCUUCCCGGGAGAGAACACUUUUGGAGGUGAGCCUGGACCUUUUCAUUCCUCGGAGCGGGUUCCUCCCGAGCUACCUUUCCCGCCGCCAGGCUCCCUUUUAGUCGGCUUUUCGACUCACCUCCGCCGGUAAAGGAAAGACGGAAGGAAGGAGGGAGGCGGAGGGAUCGAUGAGUCGCGAGCCGCCGCGGCACCAAAAGGAUGCUGGUGAGGUGGCUGGAGAGUGAUGACCAGGCACACACACACACACAUAUAUAUAUAUAUACACACACACACACGCUCACACACCAUUCUUCAAAUCUUGCCCCCGCUAAGUAAGACGGGGAGGGGAGAGAAUCCUGCAAUGACGAUGUCAUUUCUCUCCGUUAGCGGCGUGUGAGCCGCACAGAACGCACACGCCGAGCCCCGUGGGGAGUUUUCCUGCGUGGGGUGAGGAGGGGAGCAGGCCCCUAUCUGGGCCACGACCAUGGAGUCCACCUCCCUUUGGGCGCACGUGUGAGAUGGCGUGGUCGUCGGAAUGAAGGACUGAGCGGAGGAUGAAAGGCGGAUCCAGAGCGUGGCCUCGUUAGGAACGCAGGGCGCACCUGAGACACGUCCCCUCCAAAGUGCCGUCACCAUGAGCGCCGUAGAGCACGCUUCCCAGCUCUAGCCUCUUCCUUCCGCCAGUGUGUGUGAGUGCGAGCGUGCGCGCAUGAGUGUGAUGGCGAUGUGCGUCUGGGCGGCGGCCCCUCUGCUCUUCCUGGGCCUGUGCCUGUGCAGCGUGGGGGGCCAGGCCCAAGGCGAGGUGCUGGAGUUCGGCGCCGUGUCCAACCAGUGGGGCCGCUUCCCGGUGUGGAACGCCUGCUGCGAGAGCGUGCUGAGCUUCAGCCUGCGGACGCACAGCCAGGAGGGCCUGCUGCUCUACCUGGACGACGAGGGCUUCUGCGACUUCCUGGAGCUGCUGCUCCUGCGCGGCCACCUGCGCCUGCGCUUCUCCAUCUUCUGCGCCGAGCCCGCCGAGCUGCAGUCGGGCGUGGCGGUGAGCGACGGGCGCUGGCACGCCGUGCGCGUCAAGCGGGACUGGAAGAACACCUCGCUGGAGGUGGACGGGCGGCUGGAGGGCUGGGCGGAGGUGAAGAGCAAGAGGAGAGACAUGACGGUGUUCAGCCACACCUACGUGGGCGGAGUGACCUCGGAGCUCCACGCCUCGCCCCUGCGCCUCACCUCGCCGUCGGUGCGCGAGCACCCCGCCUUCCGUGGCUGGAUCACGGCGGUGAGCAUCAACGGCUCGUUGGUGGCGCUGGACAGCUCCGAGGGCGUCACGGUGACAGCCGGCUGCGGGCCGGACCACCAGUGCCAAAACGGCGGCCUGUGCAGCCUGGUCAACGACCUGGCCGUCUGCGACUGCUCCGACACCGGUUACCAAGGCAACGACUGCAGUGAAGAGCACAGCUACACGCCAGGUCUGGCACACCUGAUGAUUGGCGACCAAGCCCGCGAGGAGUACGUCGCCACCUUCAAGGGCUCCGAGUACUUCUGCUACGACCUGUCGCCCAACCCCAUCCAGUCCAGCAGCGACGAGAUCACGCUGUCCUUCAAGACGCUGCAGCGCAACGGCCUGAUGCUGCACACGGGCAAGUCGGCCGACUACGUCAACCUGGCGCUGAAGAACGGCGCCGUGUCGCUGGUCAUCAACCUGGGCAGCGGGGCCUUCGAGGCCCUGGUGGAGCCCGUCAACGGCAAGUUCAACGACAACGCCUGGCACGACGUCAAGGUCACCCGCAACCUGAGACAGCACUCAGGCAUUGGACACGCUAUGGUGACCAUAUCUGUGGACGGCAUCCUGACCACCACGGGCUACACCCAAGAGGACUACACCAUGCUGGGCUCUGACGACUUCUUCUACGUGGGAGGGAGCCCCAGCACGGCCGACCUGCCCGGGUCCCCAGUCAGCAACAACUUCAUGGGCUGUUUAAAAGAGGUGGUGUACAAAAAUAACGACGUGCGGCUGGAGCUGUCGAGACUCGCUAAACAGGGAGACCCCAAGAUGAAGGUCAGCGGCGUGGUAUCCUUUAAGUGCGAGAGCGUGGCCACGCUGGAUCCCGUGACCUUUGACACGCCGGAGUCCUUCGUGGCGCUCAGCAAGUGGACGGCGAAGAAAGCCGGGUCCAUUUCCUUCGACUUCAGGACCACCGAGCCCAACGGCCUGAUGCUCUUCAGCCACGGGAAGUCCAGACAGGUUCAGCGCAAGGACCCCCGCACGCCGCCCACUGUCAAGGUGGACUUCUUUGCCAUUGAGAUGCUGGACGGUCACCUGUACCUGCUGCUGGACAUGGGCUCAGGGACCACAAAGACCAGGGCCAUCGACAAGAAGGUCAAUGACGGAGAGUGGUACCACGUGGACUUUCAGAGGGACGGACGCUCAGGGACCAUCUCGGUGAACAGCGUGCGGACGGCGUACACGGCGCCGGGCGACAGCGAGAUCUUGGACCUGGACGAGACGCUGUACCUCGGUGGACUUCCUGAGGACCGCGCCGGACUCAUCUUCCCUACAGAGGUGUGGACGGCCCUGCUGAACUACGGCUACGUGGGCUGCAUCCGGGACCUGUUCGUGGACGGCCAGAGCAAAGACAUCAGGCGGCUCGCAGAGGCCCAAAGGGCAGUGGGGGUGAAGCCCUCGUGCUCCAGGGAGCCCCCCAAGCAGUGCCUGUCCAACCCCUGCCAGCACAACGGCAUCUGCAGGGAGGGCUGGAACCGCUACGUCUGCGACUGCUCGGGAACGGGAUACCUGGGACGCUCCUGCGAGAGAGGUGAGGACAGGACCACCUGUUUCUGGCUAAUUCUAGUAGCAAUGCAGGAACAUGUUGCUAGGCAACUGGGCUCCAUUGAUCUGGAGGAGGGCGAUGACGAGAUCCCGUAA